GGCCCGGCGCGCGUGCCCGGGGGGACCCGCCGCCGUGGGACCCCCCCCCUCCGCCGGCUCCAGCCGGGGGCCCCAAAGCCGCUCCCCCAUGACCCGCAGCCCUCUAUGGAGCCCGGAUCCCCAGCUCGGCCAGACCCCGGAGCCUUUCAUUCCAGGAGCAGGACGCCAAAAACCGGUUCCUCUUCCAGUGGAACUCAACCCCACUUAAGCACCAAGCGACGCCUGGAGAAGGAGGAGCAGACCCCUCUUUGUAAGCAGUUCCUUUCGGAAGAGAACAUGGCGGUCCACUUCUCCCGCCUCAGCCUGCACAACGACCACCCGUACUGUACACCCCCGGCUAUCUUCCCGCUCCGGAACCCGGCCCCCUCCACGGGCAGGCCACCAGAGGAAGGCCCUCCCAGCACGGUUGGGGACCCCCAUGCCCUGCCCCCCAGUCUCCUGCUGACCCUGGCCCCUCGCUCUGAACUGCUUCUCUGGCGCUACCCUGGCAGCCUGAUCCCCGAAGCCCUGCGGCUGCUGAGAUUCGGAGACCCCCCGGAGACCCAGUGCGAGGACCCCCCCGCAGAGGACACGAUGGAGCUUUGAGCCAAGGAAAGUGUCCCUCUUCCUCAGAAACCUAAGCCUCAGGGCCUCUCCUUCCCCACAGAUGUCAGGUGAGGGGGAUGGAUUUGGGCAGCCGAGACCUCCAGAUCCCGGGUUGCGCCCGAGACGGUUCACUCCAUUGCAGGAACCAGCACCCUCAGUGAGAACCGGCUUUCCCAAAGGGAAGAGGGGUGGGAGGAAGAGGGGGCACAGCACGGCCACCCUCACUUGUUAGGGAGGAACAGGGUACCCCCAUGCUACCCUAAAGGAAAGACAGCUAGGUCUUUCCCUCCUCCAGCCUUCAGGCAUCACCUUCCGGGCAUCGUGGCCUCCACACACAGCCCUGUGGGGAAGCAGGGAGUGAGGCCACCCCAAAAGGGAGGAGGAAGGGCCGGAAAGGGUGGGUGACGUUGAGGGGGGGCCCGAGCUUGUGCCCCUUUGGGAGCAAAAUAAAAGAGAGAGGCUGAAUCUGGA